CAUUCCAUAUAAGGGACUGAGAAUCACCCCUUUUCUCAUACUACCUCUCUUCUUCAUCUUCUUCUUCCUUGCUAACACCUAAACCCCAAACACAGUAAGCCAGAACACAAUUUCACAACUGGAAAUGGAUGUUCAACCCACUGCUCUUCUCAAUUGGGCACUUCUCUGCCAAGGAAAGAGCAUGGAUGAGCUGCGGCAGUGGCUGCUAGUGACAACUAUGGAGCUGGAGAAAACAAGAAUGAAAGCUCAAGAGGAGCUGGAAAUGAGAGAGAAUCAGAUUUUUCAGCUCAAAGAUAUGCUGAGCAGAGCGAUGAAGGAGAAAAUUGAUGCAGAGGAGAAGUGUAAAAGGUUGCUGCUUGAGAUUGAGAGGCUUCUGUUGCAGCCGCCGCCGCCGCCUGCGGCGGCUCCAAUGUCUGGGGUUUCCAGUAUUGAAGAUGAGCCGAGAAUUAGGGGAGUGGAUCACUCUAAUAAUAAUGGCUUCUCCUCCUCCGAUUCCGACGAGAGCAUUGUUUCGUCGCCGGCGACUCAAGAUUUGCCGAUUGUGAUAGAUAAGCCCUUGCCGGAAAAGGGGAAGUUUUUGCAGGCGGUGAUGAAAGCAGGGCCGCUUCUUCAGACCCUUUUGCUAGCUGGCCCUCUCCCCCAGUGGCGCCACCCUCCUCCGCCCAUGGACUCUUACCAGAUUCCGCCUCCGCCCGUCGCCAUUCCAUCUCCGGCGCCGGCGCCGGCGACUAACUGUCUCCCUCCUCAAGAUUCUCUCCUGAGCAUCACUGCUUACAACAGCAUCUCCAACUGUGGAAGGAUAAACAGGAAAAGGGGUUUCUUUGAUGAUUCUGAUUCUUCCAUGGAAGCCAAGUACCAAAGGGUUGUCCUUUGACUCUCACUUUUUCCCCAAUAUCAUCUUGUCAGAGUAGUAGUCUUAUCCUAUCCUAUCCUUUUCCAGAUUGCAUUUUACCAAGAAAACUGAUCUCAUCUGAUCUAGAAGCAUUUUGUACAGAAUCUUGAGAGCUUGAUUUUAGCCCCCAAAAAAAAACCCUAAUUUGACUAAGUGGAAAACAAGAAACAUGAGAAAGAGAGAGAACUGUGCUCUGAUCUGGGCAUUUUCUUUUGGUUUUUGCCAAUAUUGCUAGUGGUAUUAUUGAUUGUGGCCAUUUGUGGGCUUGUUUGUCUCUCUUCUUCUUGUUUACUAAAACCUUAAUUUAGUGUUUGAUUUCUCUCCAAUAUAAUUCUGAUUGUAAUUUCGCUGUCUUUCAUGAUACGUCGGCAAAUGAAGUGUUCUAACAUUACUACUGUGU